AGUGAAGCUCGUUACUUACAUUACUACUCUUCCCACCCUUCAUUACAUAUCCUGAUAUGCAUUGAACAUUAGAUAGGCACUUCUUUCAAAGAAGAAAAAAGCGGCUUCUCUCUUAUCUUCCGUAAUAUAGCCAUGAAUCUUAUUCUACUCUUUGUCUUAGCCUCCUUGGUUCCAAGUUCCUUUCUGUUUGAAAUUCAGGCUGCUCAUUCUCACCCGCCAAGAACAAUAUAUUCUCAGAUUACUGUCAUGGGUCUUGUUUAUUGUGACACCUGCUCCAACAACACCUUCUCCAAACACAGUUACUUCUUAUCAGGUGCAGAAGUUCGAAUCGACUGCAAAUUAAAAGCAGAAACGCCGCGUACGGCGGAGCAGAUAGCGUUCUCAGUGAACAGAACAACAAACAAAUACGGAGUGUACAAGUUGGAAAUACCUUCGGUGGACGGAAUCCGAUGUGCAGAGGAUUCGGCAAUGGUGUCGUUCUGCCAAGCGAGUUUAAUGGGAAGUUCGUCGUCGUCUUGCAACGUUCCUGGAUACAGAAGCACAUCUGGAGAAAUAUCGAUAAAAUCAAGACAGUCAAACAUUUGCAUUUACAGCUUAAACCCGUUGAAUUACAAGCCAUCGACGAGAGAUGAUAUCUUGUGUGGGAAUUAGAAGAAGAAGAAGAAGAAGAAGAAGAAGAAGAAGAAGAAGAGUAGGUUUUGAUCUGAGUUAUUUUGUUUUUUGUUGGGUUUGUGUAGUCAUGGAUUGGAAUGUGUAAUUUUGUUUAUUUAACAAAAGACUUGUGCGUUAAUGUUGUUUGUACAGUAUUGGAAAGAAGGAACCUCCAUGUGCAGUUUGUGUGCU